AUGUCUACCGGUAUUUGUCAUUUCAAGGACCGGUGCGUGUCCAUCUUGUGUAAAUUCUGUAAAUUCUGUAAGCAAGUGCUCAGCUAUAGUGGAAUAAAGGCUGUCCUGCUGGCUGAUAGGGAAAUAGACCUUUUCUCCACAGACAUCUCUCCUACCAAUGCGGUGGACUUCGUUGGAAGAUGCUAUUUCACUAAAAUCUGCAAAUGUAAACUAAAGAAUAUUGCUUGUUUGAAAUGGUAUAAACUUUCUUUUGUGGGGCAACUUACCAAAAAUAGAAGAGAGUACAGAUGA